GCAAGGCAAAAGAGGUUAUUGAUAAAAAAGGCAAGGCAAAGGAGGUUGUUGAUAAAAAAGGCAAGGCGAAAGAGGUUGUUGAUGAAAAAGACAAGACAAAAGAGAUUGUUGAUGAAAAAAGCAAGGUAAAAGAAGUUGUUGAUGAAAAAGGCAAGGUGAAAAAGGUUGUUAAUAAAAAAG